UAUUCGAUGGUUUACGUAAAAAUUCGCUAUCAAAGUCUGGUGCAUUGUGUGCUUUUUUAGUAGGUACUGCCACUUUGUCCAAUGAUUGGCUUGCAUUUACGGUUGCGUUGCUCGUAUUUUAUUUUACCGGAUCUAGGCUAACUAAGUAUAAGGCGGAAAGAAAAAAACAACUUGGGGAAGAUUAUCAGGAGGGCGGUCAAAGAACUGCUAUGCAAGUUAUAUGCAAUGCUCUUACGGGAACAAUUAUUUGCAUAAUUCAUCAAUAUUAUUAUGGUGGACAUUUAAAAUGUUUGCUAGACGAUCAUGGGUCAAGACUGUUAUUUUGGAUAUAUAUCGGACAUUAUUCGACGUGUAAUGGAGAUACGUGGGCCAGCGAACUUGGCAUUCUUAAUAAAAGUUGGCCCAUUUUAAUAACUACAUUUAAAAAGGUUCCCCCAGGGACAAACGGAGGUGUAUCUCCGUUAGGUUUAUUCGCUUCUGUUUUGGGUGGUUUUAUUAUCGGCACAUCUGCUAUGAUAUCCAUUUAUUUUGCGGAUGGAUGUAAUCGACUAUAUAUUGAAUUAAUUCCGGUUGCUUCAAUAGCAGGACUAAUUGGAUCAAUUAUAGAUUCAAUAUUGGGUGCAACUGUCCAAAUUUCGCUAUAUUCUGCAAAAUCGCAAAAGAUUACUCAUAAUAAGACUGAGGAAACCAAGUUAGUGAGCGGAUACGAUUUAUUAGAUAAUAAUCAGGUUAAUUUUGUCUCUUCUUUGACAACCGCUUUAUUAACUGGAUUUGUCGCUGACUAUAUUAUUGGAUGA